AAACACAUGCAUAUAGAGAAAGCCUAUUUUAUUACACAAAAUUAGUACUCCUUAUUAAAAGCUUAUGGCAUAAACAACCAAAAAAAAUGUGAGUGCUUGAAAAUUAUUAUACUCCAUCGAUUAUCAAUUUGGUGAAGCUAUCAGUCCUAAAACUCUAACUUUCGUUUUUCCAAUUCAUAAAAGCAAAAGGAUCUAUAAAUGGAAAUUGCCGACGCCGAUCCAGUCCUAUUGAGUUGCCAGAUAUUGGCGAUACCGUAUCCAGGUAGAGGCCACAUCAAUCCAUUGAUGAAUCUGUGCAAGCUCAUAGCUGCAACAUCCACACCAAAUCAUCUACUUCAAAUCUCUUUUAUUGUAACUGAAGAGUGGUACAGCUUUUUGGAAUCAGAUCCAAAACCAGAUAAUAUCCAAUUUCGAACAAUCCCAAAUGUAAUUCCAUCAGAAAAGGAUCGAAGCAAAGAUUUCUUAGGUUUUAUGAAAGUUGUGUUUACUAAAAUGGAAGCUCCAGUUGAUAGAAUACUUGACGGGCUUCUGAAACCCAAUGUGAUUUUAGCUGAUUCGUUCUUGCCGUGGGCCGUCAGUAUUGGGGGGCGGAGGAAUAUUCCGGUGGCUUCAUUUUGGACCAUGUCAGUCACGAAUUUCUCCAUCUUUUAUCAUCAUCAACUACUACUUGCUAAUGGACAUUUUGAAGUCAAUUUCACAGAGCAAGGAGAAGAAGUGGUAAAUUACAUUCCUGGAAUUAAACCAAUUUGCGUAAAGGAUUUCCCAUCUUCAUUCAACAGAAAACGGGAGAUGUUGCCCUUUCUUCUCGAAUAUGUAUCACAAAUGGCCAGUAAAGCACAAUACGCCUUGUUCACCACCAUUGAAGCAUUGGAAUCUCAAGUAAUUGAGGUUUUACAAGCUGAAUUACCAGUCCCCAUUUUCACAGUUGGUCCAACAAUUCCUUUUUUUGAUACUGAAUUCAAAACUAACCAGCUUAGUCCAAACUACUUGUCAUGGCUUGAUGAUCAACCUAAAGACUCAGUUCUAUACAUAUCCCAAGGAAGUUUCAUGUCAGUAUCAAAAGAACAGCUAGAUGAAAUUAUAGCAGGUGUGCACAGCAGUAGUGUCCGAACGUUUUGGGUGGCACGUGAGAAUGUAUCCUUACUUACAAAUGGAAUUGGGAAGAGGGGAAUCGUGGUGCCUUGGUGUGACCAAUUGAAAGUUUUGUGCCAUCCUAGUGUAGGUGGAUUUUGGUCGCAUUGUGGAUGGAAUUCAACCAAGGAGGGUGCAUUUGCUGGCGUUCCAUUUCUUACGUUCCCCAUUGGGGCUGAUCAGUUUACCAACAGUAAACAAAUAGUGGAGGACUGGAAAAUUGGGUGGAGGAUCAAUAAGGAAAGCGAGAACGUGGUUAAAAGAGAUGAAAUUGCUCUGAUUUUGCAGAGUUUUAUGGACCUUGACAGCUACGAAGGAAAAGAAAUGAGAAGAAGAGCAAUGGAAAUAAGGAACACCUGCCUAGAAGCAAUUGAUGGUGGAACCAUCCAGGGAAAUAUUGACAAGUUCAUUCGGGAUAUUUUUCGAGACACAAGGCAGCAAUUUACUAUACUUUAGGCUUGACAAACUGUCCAGAUAAGGUACCCAUGACCAGCAAUACGGUUCUAGUCACUGUAAUAAGCUGCUUGUACCCUUGUGAUCUUCUCGUCCAAAAGGUUAUGUUUGCACUAGGAAACAGUUCCUAUUCGUUUUGCUCUUAUUUUGGGAUUGUUUUGUUUCUUGUGCUGCUUUCAUUUACUGAGUGUACUUAUAUAUUACAGCCAUCUUAUCACCUAUUAUAUGAAUAUAUGUAAGUUGUAGUCGAACAAACUAUGAUUAUUAAUUUACUGUACCGUAAAAUACCGAAUUAGUUUGAUAUUAUAAUGGUACAAUAUUUUUUAAAAUUGAAAUUACCAACUAAAGUUUUGAAUACAGUAUCAGGUCUACCUAUGGUCCUUACCAAGAAAAAGAGAUUCAAGCAUCUUAGAUUCAUAAAUGAAGGAAAUGAGUCGAUUAACAAUGAUGUCACACAGAGGCGGAGCUAGGUGGAGGUUCAUGGGUUCUUAUGAACCCACUAGCUUUUUUGUAGAUCCUAUAUUUGUAUUAGAAAAUUGAAUAAAUAUUAUAUAUAAACAUGUGAACCCCCAAACAAAAUUGAUUUAGAACCUCUAAACUCCUAACAUUGGCUCCGCCUAUUGUCACACAUUAUUAUAUUGAAGCGAUGCCGAUGAAAUGGAGGUCGCCACUAAAUACUGUGCCGUAAAAAGAAUGUGUUGCUAAGAGUUAAUAUGGAAUCAUUAUUAUAUUGCAAACUGGCAACGAGGACCACUUGCAAAUAUUUAAAAAAAAACAUGCAAUAUUGGAGAAAGCCUAUUGUAUAUGUAAUGUGGCUUUUUAAGUUUGAUUGAAGAAAACUAUUUUAUCUUUAUUUCGUGAAAGAUUUGGAAGCCAUAAAUCUUUUGUGAAAGAUUUGGAAGCAAAUAUAUUUGUCAAAGAGUUGAAAGCACGUUGAGAUGUUGAAUAUUUCAUCUUUCUUUUGUGAAAGAUUUGGAAGCAAAUAUAUUUAUCAAAGAUUUGGAAGCACAUUGAGAUGUUGAAUAUUUUAUCUUUCUUUUGGGAAAGAUUUGGAAGCAAAUAUAUUUGUCAAAGAUUUGGAAGCACAUCAAUAAGCCUAUUUUUUCUCUAUAAAUAGGGAAUUUAAGCAUAUGAAAAUAUUUCAUUGCUUUAUUUCUUUGUCUUUUCAUUAAGAGUAAUUUUGUAAAAGAGUUAAUGUU